CAGUGCAAAACAGGGAUAUUUGUAACUACACACGACAGUGCAGGGGUCCAGAGAGAGAGAGGGGGGGCAGGUUACACUUUGAGUUACAUGUAGAGUUAGUUUUUUUUUAAAGAUAUUUCCUCAGACAUGUCGCGGAUAUUAAACUUAAUUAACGCUCAUGUGCGGAGGGAUCUGUCCGCGUAUCGAGGCAUCGCUCGGCUUCCUUUGAGGACAAUCAGCUGCACCUCCAGGAAACGAGCCGAGGAGAGUGAUGCAUCCACAGUUCUGGGCAAAAGGUGGAAGGACACAGCAGAAACCGUCAUCAUCGGAGGGGGAUGUGUGGGCGUAAGCUUGGCCUAUCACCUGGCCAAAGGUGGCAUGAAGGAUGUGGUUCUGCUGGAGAAGUCCGAGCUGACUGCUGGAUCCACCUGGCACGCUGCUGGUUUGACGACGUAUUACCAUCCAGGCAUCAACCUGAAGAAAGUCCACUAUGACAGCAUCAAACUGUACGAGAGCCUGGAGGCUGAAACAGGACAGGCGGUGGGCUUUCAUCAGCCCGGCAGCGUCCGUAUCGCUGCGACUCCGGCUCGGGUGGAUGAGAUGAAGUACCAGAUGACCCGCACGCACUGGCAUGUGACGGAGCAGUACUUCAUCGGACCGGAGAAAGUUCAUGAACUCUUCCCUCUGCUGGAUGUCAAUAAGGUGUUGGCGGGUCUGUACACGCCAGGAGACGGUCACAUCGACCCGUACUCUCUGACCAUGGCUCUGGCCGCUGGCGCUCGUAUGUACGGAGCUCAGAUCUACAACCCGGCCCCCGUCACCGGCCUCAACCCGACCGCCGACGGGAAGUGGGACGUCCAGACGCCGCACGGAACCAUCCGGGCGAACCGCAUCGUCAACGCAACAGGUUUCUGGGCGCGGGAGGUGGGCAAGUUGAUCGGGUUCGACCACCCCACCAUCCCGGUGCAUCACCAGUACGUGGUGACGGCGACGGUGCCGGAGGUGAAAGCUCUGAAGAAGGAGCUGGCCGUCAUCAGGGACCUGGAGGGAUCCUACUACCUGCGCCAGGAGAGAGACGGCCUGCUGUUCGGCCCGUAUGAAAAGAUGGAGAAGAUGGUGCUCCAGGACUCCUGGGUCAGAGAGGGCGUUCCUCCAGGUUUCGGUAAGGAGCUGUUUGAGUCGGACCUCGACAGGAUCAUGGAACACGUGGAGAUGGCGAUGGAGAUGAUCCCCGUGCUCAAGACGGCUGACAUCAUCAACAUGGUGUCUGGACCAAUCACGUACACCCCUGACCUGCUGCCGAUGGUCGGACCACACCAAGGAAUGAGGAACUACUGGUGCGCCAUCGGCUUCGGGUACGGCGUCAUCCACGCCGGCGGGAUCGGUAAGUUCCUGAGCGACUGGAUCAGGAACGGCGAGCCUCCUUACGACCUGAUCGAAUGCGACCCGAACCGGUACGGCAAAUGGGCGGACGUACCUUUCAUGUGUGCCAAAGCUCGAGAAUCGUACGGCUUCAACAAUGUGGUCGGGUACCCUAAGGAGGAGCGCUUUGCUGGUCGACCGAGCUGCCGGAUGAGCGGCGUUUACGAACUGCUGAAGGACAAAGCGUCCAUGGGCUUUCACGCCGGCUGGGAACAACCUCACUGGUUCUACAAACCUGGAGAUGAAGUUGGAUACAAGCCCAGUUUCAAACGCACCAACUGGUUCGCGCCGGUCGGCAGAGAGUGCAAGCUGGUGAUGGAGAAGGUGGGGGUGGUCGACCUGACGCCGUUUGGGAAAUUCACCGUGAAGGGGAAGGACUCCCACAGGCUGCUGGACCGCCUGUUUGCCAACACCAUGCCCAAGGUGGGCCUCACUAAUAUCAGCCACAUGUUGACGCCCACUGGGAGAGUGUUCGCUGAAGUGACCAUCACCCAGAUGGCUCCGGGAGAGUUCAUGCUCAUCACAGGCUCGGGGUCGGAGCGCCAUGACCUCAGGUGGAUUGAGGACGAAGCAGCAAACGGCGGCUACGACGUCGACAUCAGCAACGUCACGGACGGUUUGGGCGUGCUCGGCAUCGCGGGACCGAACUCCCGCAGGGUUCUCCAGAAACUGACGGACGAGGACAUGAGCGACGCAGGGUUCAAAUUUCUCCACUGCAAGUCCAUCCAGCUGGCGGGGGUCCCUGUCCAAGCCAUCAGGAUCUCCUACACAGGUGAGCUCGGCUGGGAGUUGUACAUAGAGCAGAAAAACAUGGCCACCGUGUACCAGGCCAUGAUGGAGGCGGGAAAAGACGAAGGGAUCGACAACUUCGGGACCUACGCCAUGAACUCUCUCCGGCUGGAAAAGGGCUUCAGAGGCUGGGGAGCCGAGAUGAACUGUGACACCAACCCUCUGGAGGCCGGAUUGGAUUAUUUCAUCAAACUGAACAAGCCGGCAGACUUUAUCGGCAAAGCAGCUCUCCAGGAGAUCAAAGCAAAAGGCGUGAGGAGGAAGCUCUCCUACAUCACCCUCGAUACGGACGACAUCGACCCGGAGGGCAACGAGACGGUCUGGCAUAACGGCAAGGUUGUUGGAAACACGACGUCCGGAGCGUACAGUUACAGCACCCAGCAGAGCCUGGCGUUCGCGUACCUGCCUCCGGACCUCUGCUCUGUGGGUGAGAAGGUCCAGGUCGAGCUGCUGGGGAGGAAAUACAACGCCAUGGUCAUCCAGGAGCCGUUAGUCCUCACCGAGCCCACACGGACCCGGCUGCAGAAGAAGGCAAAGAGCAAGGCCUAAACCCGGAGCAGAAGAAUAUUAUUCAAAUUGAAGUCUUAUUUGAAGAACGACGAUGAACUGUUACGCACACACCUUCCUCGUCCUGCUGUCUCUUAAGAAGGAAGUU